AGAGAGAGAGGGUCUGAGCGAGCGAGCGAGGAAGAAGCAGCCAUAGCCAAGUCCUUGCUUUGUUUUAGCUCGCCCUUUUCAUCAUUUCGUGGCAUUGUUUGUUUGUUUGUUUGUUCUUAUGUUGUCUCGAGGGAGAAAAGAGAAAAAUGUGAGACGAGGGCGAUGAUGGGUUGUGGAUCUGCGUCAUGAAUUCGUGUUUUUGCGCUAGUGGGUCGCUGCUCCUGCCAAAAAAUCCCCGCGGCCUUUGGUAGUUGGAGCGUUGUUGUGUUCUUGUUCCUCGCAGCUUUUACCUCGCUCGCUUCCAGCGUUCAUUCAUUGAGCAAAAGCUUUCCUCUCUUCUUUUUCCUGGUGCGAAGAAAGAGUAGAGUAUCUUUGGACAGUCGCUUGGUUCUUUAGGAAAAGAAUGCGAGUCUAAUCUAAAGAGUGAUCCAUUCGUCAUGGAAGUUUCUCCAGCGAGAAGAGCGACGAGGUGGAAUUGGAGGAUGGUGGCUGUGGUUUUCAUUCUCGCGGGGCUCUUCUUGCAAGCUCAAAGCUGGACAGAUCCCCAAGAUGUAUUUGCUCUCUCGGUUCUCUACGCUAGCCUGAAUUCGCCACCACUGACUGGGUGGAGCAUGAAUCCCGUAGACCCGUGUGGAGAAUUGUGGCAAGGAAUUCAGUGUGCUGGCCCGAACAUAACUGGAAUUCGUCUCUCUGGACUGGGAAUAACAGGAUGGCUCGGCUACGCGCUCUAUAACUUCACUGGUCUCCUCACACUGGAUCUCAACAAUAACAGCAUCGGACAGAUGGUUCCAUAUCAACUUCCACCUCGCAUUCAAGAAAUAAACUUUGCGAACAACGAGUUCACCGAGACACUUCCCUACUCAAUGAAGGAUCUUAUCUCGCUGAUAAGCUUCAACAUGAGCAACAAUCAGAUUGUCGGUCCCGUUCCAGACAUGUUCCAAUCCCUGACGAGUCUUACGAGCCUGGAUCUGUCUGGCAACCAGUUUAGUGGUCCCCUUCCACCCUCCAUGGGAGCUUUGACGAGCUUGAUAACUUUGCAUAUGGAGAACAACUCGCUCAGUGGAGAUAUCGGCGUUCUAGGCCAACUCCAGCAGCUCCAAGACCUCGAUAUCACAAACAAUGGUUUCUCGGGACAAAUUCCACCAUCACUUCUCACGAUUCCAUCUCUCAAGAUAACUGGCAAUCAGUUUGGAUCAGCGAUUGUCAUGGCUCCUGCGCCAGCUCCAUUCCUUUUCGCUCCAGCCUCCGCUCCAUCAAUGCAAGUCUUGCAGCAGCCAAGCACGGUGAAACAGAAUCCCGACCAGAAGUCUCCGCUCAAAGGCCCGGUUAUAUCAGGUGUGAUGAGCAGAGGGAGUCGCCGGUACUGGAGCGCUGGAAAGAUAGCAGGCGUGGUGGUGGCCUCGGCACUGGCUUUACUCGCAGGCUUGCUGGUAAUUCUCUUCUUUUGCGGAAGAACAAACAAGGACGAAGAAGGAACCAACUCGACCAAAGACGAAGAGAAGCGAAGCUCCAAGAGUCAUCCUCUCGUUGCCCUGGACAGAGUGUCUCGAGAGAUGUUUGCGCAGCCAAAAGCUGACAGGCCUUUGACUCCACCACCCGCAGAAAAGAGCAAGCUUUCGAUCGAAAAGAGCCCAGCCAUGAAAAGUAUUACACCCACGCCAGGCAAAGCUUCCAAGCUCCAGAUUGCCGUCCCUGCCAUCUCCAUCGCCGAGCUCCAAGCUGCGACGAACAGCUUUUCUCAGGAAAAUCUGGUCGGAGAGGGAGCUCUCGGGAGAGUCUAUAGAGCCGAGAUAGAUGACAAGAUUGUAGCUGUGAAGAAGCUCGACACUUCAGCACCUAUGGUACAAAACGAGGACGAGUUCAUCAAAGUGGUCUCGAAUCUAGCGCGCUUGCGGCACAGUAACAUCACCGAGCUGGUUGGAUAUUGCACAGAGCACUCGCAAAGGCUGCUAGUUUACGACUUUGUCGAGUAUGGGACGCUGUUUGAAGUCCUCCAUUGCUCGGAUGAGUCGAGCAGGAGGCUUUCAUGGAACCAAAGAGUGAAGAUCGCCCUGGGAGCUGCUCGAGCACUCGAGUAUUUGCACGAAGUUUAUCACCCAGCUAUAGUUCACAGGAACUUCAAGUCGGUCAACAUUCUUUUGGACGAGGAACUUAAUCCUCGAGUCUCGGACUGUGGACUAGCAGCACUCGCUCCUUACGGUGCCGAGCGUCAGGUUUCUUCGCAAAUGCUGGUCUCUUUUGGCUACAGCGCGCCGGAGUUUGCCAUGUCUGGCGUGUACACUGUCAAGAGCGAUGUUUACAGCUUUGGAGUGGUGAUGCUGGAGCUUCUAACCGGAAGAAAAUCGCUAGACAGCUCGAGGAGCCGAGCCGAACAAUCGCUGGUGCGAUGGGCAGUGCCGCAGCUCCACGACAUCGAUGCCUUGUCGAGGAUGGUUGAUCCAGCACUCAAAGGAAUCUAUCCGGCCAAGUCUCUCUCCCGCUUUGCCGAUAUCAUCUCAUCGUGUGUCCAGCCCGAGCCGGAGUUCCGGCCUCCAAUGUCGGAAGUUGUCCAAGCUUUGGUGCGUUUGAUGCAACGAGCGAGCUUGAGCAAGCGAAGGCUAACAGCAGACGAUUUGGGAUCCUCACAAAGGAGUCUAGAUCGUUACGAACCUUCAGAUUCAUCGGCUUAGAGAAAAAAGAAAUACUUAGAUUUUGACAACAUUGUAUAUUGAAUAUGGAAAAUAACUUGAUAGAGAAAGUUAGCUGACCUGGCCCAGAAGGAUUAUCAUCAA